GGCCUGGGCGUUCCCUUAGCAACCGGAGAGUGUCGGGUGCUGUGCGAAGAAGCGGCCUCGCGGUGAGUGAUGCUUUGAGAUUCCCCUCGGAGGCUCGGUCAGCCGGUAGGAGCGAGGCAACCAAUCUGGGGUUAUGCCAUGGAUAUCGUACUGCAUUACACAGACUACUACUUCUUCACACCAUAUGUGUACCCCAGUUCCUGGCCAGAGGGUGAAGCUGUACGCCAGAUAAUCAGCCUCCUAAUUGUAACAAAUUUGGGAGCUGCUGCUAUCUACCUCCUCUUCGGAACGUUUAGCUAUUAUUUCAUUUUUGAUCACACACUGAAGAAACAUCCGCAGUAUUUGCCGAAUCAAGUGCAGCGGGAGAUAAAAUAUGCUUUGAAGUCAAUGCCAUGGAUGAGCAUUCCAACAGUGGCGUUAUUCUUUGCAGAGGUCAGAGGCUACAGCAAAUUGUACGACAAUAUCGAGGAUUCCCAUUAUGGUUGGUUUGGAGUAAUCUUCAGUAUGGUCUCCUUUCUGUUCUUCACGGACAUGUGUAUCUACUGGAUCCAUCGGUUUCUUCACCACAGGCUCCUCUAUAAGCGCUUACACAAGCCCCACCAUACCUGGAAGAUUGCAACCCCAUUCGCAAGUCAUGCUUUUCAUCCUAUUGAUGGCUUCCUGCAGAGUAUCCCAUAUCAUAUCUAUCCAUUCCUGUUCCCGCUGCACAAGCUGGUCUACCUGGGUCUUUACAUCUUUGUCAACAUCUGGACAGUGUCCAUUCAUGAUGGGAAUUACAGCGUGCCUAAGAUCCUUGAGGAGGUCAUCAACGGUGCAGCCCAUCACACUGACCACCACCUGUACUUUGACUACAAUUAUGGACAAUAUUUUACGCUCUGGGACAGAAUUGGAGGCUCCUACAAGUGUCCAUCCUCCUUCGAAGGCAAAGGACCACAUGACUACCUGAGAAAGUUGACAGCCGAGGGAAAGCUGUGUAGCUCUCCUUCCAAUGGCCAGGCAGCCACUGAAAAUGUCAGCAAAGAGGAAUGAGCUACUCCCAUUCCCUACUUGCCCUUGCUUUGCUCCAGUGAAGCACUGUCAUCCCUGCCAAGAGCAAUACUAUGAAUGUCAUAUAAUCCAGGCAUUGCUCAGUAUUCUAAUUAGCCCUAUUUUAUUACUACAAAUAAAAUCUAUUGGAAAUGGUGGCAGUAACAGACAACCUGUUGCCUUGUGAAUGAGGGGAAUUCUAAUUUUACUAGCUGUUCACAGACUGGAAGUACUUUCUUUUAUAAAGAAUUUACAGUACAAUUCUUGUUUAGGGCCUCAAUCUAUUAAUGACCUGAAAGCUUUGUUAAUGCUGUUAUCUAGGGUCUGGGUGAUUCUUGGUUAUCAUCUAGUUGUAAUUAUGUAUGAUAUUAUUGUAAGAAUAGACUUGAUUGCUAAAAGAUCUCAUUUUAUUCUAACAAUUCUGAGCAAUUUUAAAACAGAUCUGUGUUGUACAGCCUUUGUGAAGUAAAAUCAUUGCCUAUCAUUGUUUUUCAAUCUCAAAGAUUCCCGUAAAGAUGAUACUUCAUUUCAUAUAUACAAUUGUGAACCAUUAUUGGAGCUUGGAUUCAUACCUUAAAUCAUCCUGUUUAUUGUUCACUGCCUACUUCACAUUGUCUUGUAUUUCUUGGAUCAUUCAAUGGAAUAUACAGUAAAAUGCAAAAAUGCUUUAA